AUGGACACGUUCCUGCUCCGGCUCCGUUUCCGCCUCCUCCUGCUGCUGCUCCUGCUGCUGCUGCCCCCGGUGGCGCCAGAUGAUGACUGUCCUGAAUGCAAUGGCACCGAGAACAGCGAAACGGACUGCAUGUGCAAGAUUGACGGCAAACUCAAGAUGAAUAUCCACCCCACCGCUACCGGAGACAAGUGGGAGGACCAGGAUGGCACAGCGAUUACUGGCGCCACCGCCAGGUGCACUUUGGAAGCCGAGAAGAAACACCUGACGCUCGAUCCAGUGAAAGCUGCGGAUGCCAACAAGGUCUACAAGGCCACCUACAACAGUAAUUCCAAGACCCAGAAGUUCAAAGUCAUCCCUUUGGUCGUGUGUGACACCAACAACCAGCAGUGCACCGUGCCGCAGGGCCAAAACGUCCGAUUGAAGGCUGCCGACCCGAACCACAAUUGGUACUUAAACAACGCCAAGAAAGGCACAACUUCCAACUUCGACAUCCUCGGCGUGACUACGGCCAACAGCGGGAAGUACGAGGCCAAAGACGCCAACUCAGUCGUGAAGAACUCCAUCGACCUUGUUGUAGUGCCCCCCACCCCAAAGCCAGUGGCCGCCAAGCCAAAGCUAGUGCCCGCCGAUUCAAACGACUCAACCCCCCGCGGCGAGUCUGGCCGCCAGCUUAAGGUCAAAGCCAGCAGCGACGGCCCUGCCAAGGUGGGCGCCGAAUGGAGCCUGGAGUGCGUGGUCACCCAGAACAACACCCGCGUCACCCACUUCGCCUGGUUGAAGGACGACAAAGAGAUGGUUGGCCAAACGGGCGCCAAAGUCGUCUUUGCGGCCCUCAAGGCCAUGGACGCGGCCAAAUACAGAUGCAAGGCCGGCGACGACGAGUCCCUCAACUACGACUUGACAGUUGUUGGCAGCGGUGCCGUGGCGCCGUCCUCCUCGCUGCUGCUGACGCUGAGCCUGCUGCUCGGCCUCCUGUGCUGCUAG